AUGCAGUUGUCAGUGCUAAUUGCAGGCUGGUACCUCUCCUCGAUUGGGAUAUCCCUAUACAAUAAGUUGCUGUUUGAUCCCUAUAAAGGUCUAAAGGUUCCUUAUCCCAUCUUUAUCACUUCUCUGCAUCAGUUCCUCCUAUGGGCUCUCACAUUUGUGUAUCUUAAGGCUAAAAAUCAGUUUCCACGGGAUGGUAAAGCUGACUGGUAUUUAUAUGCCAAGUAUAUUAUUCCAACAGCAUUAGCUUCUGCUGGCGACAUCGGCUUUGCGAAUGUUUCCCUCAAAUACAUUCCAUUAACUAUUUAUACUAUUGUCAAGACUUCAGGUAUCGCAUUUGUUCUACUUUUUGGCUGUAUAUGCAAGCUAGAGCAGUUCACAAUACCAUUGGGACUGGUGGUUUUUUUUAUGUUUGCGGGCGUACUACUGAUGAUAUACAGACCGGAGGACACUUUAACGGAACAUUCCAGCCAGGAACAGAUUUUAGGAUUCUUCCUGGUUUUGGCGAGCAGCUGUCUAAGCGGUCUUAGGUGGGUCUACACCCAGUUAACCCUACUCAAAUCUACUGAGUUCUCUGGAACUCAGAGUCGAUCGAAAAAAGGAAACCCAAUAUUAACGAUAUAUCAGCUCGCCCCAAUCAUGGGCUUUGCCCUCCUGUUUACCUCACUAAUAAUAGAAAGUCCUUUCCCAGGCAUUGCCAACACUAGCAUCGCUGUUUGGGAGAAUCAUAGCACCACAAUGGUUUUGGUACGUGGUAUUUCGAUGUUGUUGUUUCCUGGCCUAUGUGUCUUCCUGAUGACCUUAUGCGAGUUCGCCAUUCUACAAACUGCCCCUGUACUUACCUUAAGUGUUGCAGGCGUCGUAAAGGAACUCCUUACAGUAAUAUUAAGCAUGUUGAUUCUACACGAAGUUCUCAGUUUCUACAAUUGGAUAGGUAUGACUGUCGUCAUGCUUGAUGUAUGUUUCUACAACUACUACAGAUACAUGGAGGAUACCUUCACAUCCAAGUCAUUCCUCCCCCUUGAUAACGAUAUAGACAGAGCAUUGGAACUGGAACAGUUGAAUAGCGCAGCCGCUGAUCAUUUGGUCACGACUCCCAGUACGGCCUCCUCGGGCAAUAAAUAG